UUGUUUUGGUUUUCUGCGUCUGCGUGGAUAAAAACAUAUAACUCAAAAUCAAAAUUCAUAAACAUCCUAUUUUGUCGGUAAACGUGCAUUACUUUGAUUAUUUAAUGUUUAUAAUAUAUUGAUGAGCGUUGAUUUGUUCAGGGUUCAUGAACUAGAAUACGAAAGUUAUCAUGGCAGGUAAACUAACUCUCGAUCGCAAUGCUAUGAGGAAUAAAGCUACGGCUCACCUUCGAAUAUAUGUUGGUGGACUUACUGAUGAUUGUACAGAAGAUGAUUUAUACGAACACUUCAUUCCUUAUGGACAAAUUGAUGGUAUAGUUGUAAACCGGGUGUUUGGUUUCGUGCAGUUUCGUGAAGCCGGUAGUGUACAGCUUGCAAUUGAAAAGGGAGCGGGAAGUGUGUUAAAAGGAAAGAAAAUAUCUGUUAAAGCUGUUCUGACUAAUGAAAGUGGAAAAUUUGAUACAUCAUCAGGACAAGCAGAGAAACCAGCUCCAAAUGACAGCGCAGGAAAUCAUCCGGAUAAACAGGAUGAUUUAUACGACAGCUUUGGAAACUAUAUUGGAGAUCAGGGGGAUGCUGAAGAUCAUCCGCAGGAAGGUUAUGAGAAUCAAAGAGGCCGGGGGAGGGGCGGUCUGAGGGGAAGAGGGAGGGGACGUGGCCAAGCCGGCUUCAGAGAAAUGCCACCACAUAUGGGUGGUGCCGAGUGGGGGGAGCGAAGCUUCGAGCGGUAUCCAGAAUAUCCAAGAAGCCUGCCCAUACCGGAGCGAAACGAUUGUGAAAUCAUUGUGGUGUCGAAAUCCCUCACAGAGUAUGCAGAGUACAUAGAGAGCCGUCUAAAGAGAUUGGGCAUUGUAGUUGAUCUCUUGUUUCCCAUGGAGGAUGUGCCCAUAGGCCGCGUGUUGGGCAACAUAGCGUCACGUGGGUGCCUGUACGCUAUACUGGUGAUGCCGACCAAUCAAGAGAACAGAUCGCUGACACUCACUAUAUUGCACGGCCUGCCACAAGAGCAUCGGAACAUGCCGAUAGAGGACGCGUUGCAGUUGCUAUCGAGGAACUUCCACGAGGUGCGACGUGGCGGCUCCUCGGGCCGGGAGGCGGUGUACGCCCUGCUGGGACAACUGGCUGACGGCAGAACUCUCACUGUCCUUCAGUACGAGAAAGUCAUCGAGUACUUACAGGAACGAAAAGAGCAACAGGUGAAACUGGAACUGGGAGAACCUUUGGCAACCAACAAGACACAAGUAGACCUGCAACAGAGAAUCCUCAGUAUUCUAAAUGAUAAGAAGACCAAUGUGGAGAGUCCACCACCAGCGCCGGUCCCUGCGCCAGUAAUGCCACCAGCCAGGCCCGAACAAAACAAACUUCUCAACGACCCCACUGUCCGGAAAGCAUUGGACUCAAUAUUACUUAAGUUUACUUAGAUAUAAGUGUGACAGAAUGAUUUGUGGUGUGAUAGACUCAGAAUAUACUAUAGUAUAGGCGACGUGACAGCCCGAUUAUGCGUGGCCAAUUUAGAUUUGU